GUGCCAGUGGGGACAUAAUUGAUUACGUCCUAAUCAAUAUUAACUUGUUAUUCAGUUGUUGCUGCAACUUCUUUGGACCUGGCCAUUUUCAGGGAGGCACAGUUCUCCUUCGGAUUGUCUGAACGUAUUUUUGUGGAAUAAUACUUUCAAGAAGAUAUCCCGGUUUGGAAUUAGUAGGUCUUUUUUAUGUUUCUUUUUGCAAGAAAGUUUUCAGCCAUGCCGUGCAUUUGGUGACUGUAAUGUGACAGGUUUUUUUUCGAUAGGGUUCGAUAUUAUUUGAUAUCUGUGAUUGUUGUUUUCGUUGUUAACAAUUCAAAAACAUUUUAAAGUUAGCUUGCGUAACGACUAACGCACUAAUAAUGACAUCCAAAGAAGUCGCCGAAUGUGACGCGGUCGAGAAUAGGAGGCGAAGUCCAUUGGACCAUCUUCCUCCGCCUGCAAACUCGAAUAAGCCACUGACACCGUUCAGUAUCCAAGACAUUCUCAACAAACCCUCCGUGAAACGAAGUUACACCAUUUGUGGGACAGCACACCUGAUUUCAUCGGCUGAGAAGCACCGUUCGUCCAGCAUCUCUGCUCUGGCCAACCGGGCACUGCUCACACAAACCUCACCACUCUGCGCCCUGGAAGAACUAGCCAGCAAAACGUUCAAGGGGCUCGAAGUUAGCGUGCUACAAGCAGCUGAAGGGAGAGACGGAAUGACACUCUUUGGGCAAAGAAACACCCCGAAGAAGCGAAGGAAGUCCAGGACUGCAUUCACCAACCACCAAAUCUACGAAUUAGAGAAAAGAUUCCUGUAUCAGAAAUAUUUGUCUCCCGCUGACCGAGACCAAAUCGCCCAACAAUUGGGUCUAACGAACGCCCAAGUCAUCACGUGGUUCCAGAACAGGAGAGCCAAACUAAAGCGAGAUCUGGAAGAGAUGAAGGCCGACGUGGAGUCGGCCAAAACUAUAGGUGACGGUAUUGUACCUCUGGAGAAACUCGCAAAGCUCGCUGACCUCGAGAAAUGCGCCAACGGAACGCUCGGACAUCACCCGCGAGCCGAUUCUCCCGCGCAGAGCGGCGGACGAGAGUACGAGCUCGCUCGCAAGCUGCGGAUGUCCCCCCUGUCGCCAUUUUCAGACCACACAACAAGUAAAGAAUGCUCAGAGGACGACGAAGACCUAGAAAUUGAUGUGGAUGACUGAUUGCGCAGUGGGAUAAUGAAAUACAAAAAUUACGACAUAAAGCAGUAACAAUCCUUACUACGAUUGUAACUUUUCCCUGCUGAUAUUCGUACAUCAUCUCAGAACAUUUACUAGUCUGUUGUGACUUUUGUAUCGGCACACAGAUAUUCACAGUAAGCAUGAACAAAUAGCCUACGCAGUGCUAUAUUCAAUAUAUUCAAUAUUCAUCAGCAGUCGGACAGUUUCAUCUUGUCUUCAAAUGUCAAUGAAAGCAAUAUGGGUUUCAUAAUCAGAACUAAAGAUAAUGCUAUUAUUUUUUAAACAUGUAAUUGUCUAUCAGACACACACAACUCUUUGAGUUAUUUCUCUCUCUCUCUCACACACACACACACACACACACACACACACACACACACAAACACACACACAAACACAAACACACACACACACUGAUCCUUGUUCAUAUUUAUGUAACACCGUGUCAUAUGCUUAAAGUAUGUCAGUUCUGAAAUAUUUUCGAUAGGUUUUGCAUGUUGAAAUGCAUGUUUUGUUUUGUUGAUCAUAUCUAUUUAUUGUUCCUUUUAAAUUAUAUCGCUUGAUUAUUUUUUGAGACAUACCUUAUCAUACACAUAGGUCUACUCGAGUUCAGACCAUUUGUACACAGCGUUUACAUAAUUAGCUAGUCAUAUUUACACCCACCAUAAUCCGUAUGCUGCAUUGCAUGAUACGAAAGGCAAAUUCAAAGGAUCAAAAACCAAGUUAUGCGUUUUAUAAAGAAAUGAUCGAACAAAGGUUAUAAAAUUACAAAAUACUGCGGUGAUAUUUCGACAUGGAGCUACAGUUACUGGACCGUAUGAAUAUAUUCAUUUGUUUGGAUACAAUAGAGUACUCUAUGGUUGAAUAGAUUUGUUAUGUUUUGUACACCUGUAAGUGCCUUUCUAAAAUCAGGACAGUAUUUGAAAACCAAUGCACAUUCUGUAAUGUAUAUAC